GAUCCCAAAAAGGAAAAGGUCGGAUGUCAAGGCGGUCUGUUUCUGCCGGUGCAGGAUGACUCGUUUCCGUCCGAGUAAGAAAUGAUCUCCGGUGUAACGCCGAAUCAAGCAUACAAGGGCAGGCUCAAUUGCCAGAUGCGCGUGCCGUUCAAUUGAUAAUCAUUGCGCACGUACUUUUGUCGUCUCUACUUCGUACAUAUUCCCCUUGGUCAAUACUAUGGCUGCUCCCGCCGAAGAAAAACCCGAGCCCGUCUCGAUCUCACCCCUCCUAAAGAGCCUGGCCUACCCCGCAGCAGGGGAGAUUCAGGUCUCUGCAGAGGAAAUUGCCAGUGCAUUCGCUCUGAUUUUCGAGGAUCGAAUCUCAGUGAUCCAGACCGCUGCUCUGCUCACACUCCUGCAUUCCACUGGUAAAGAUCGGGAGUCGGAUGUGAUCGCAAAAUGUUCGCAACGCAUGAGAGAGGCAGCAAGCCAGAUCGAAAAGCAGUCAUUGAAGAAAGCAGUCAAGGCUAGGGGUCGGAAAGAGGGCAAUUACAGAGGUGGACUGUGCGACAUCGUUGGUACCGGCGGUGACUCGCACUCGACCUUCAACAUUUCCACAACCUCCUCAAUAAUCGCAUCUCCGCUCCUCAUGAUGGCAAAGCAUGGAAACCGUGCGCAGACCUCGUUCUCGGGCUCAGCGGAUGUCCUUAACGCGGUCGAACCGGUACCUCCCAAGAUCUCCGCGGUGACUGCCGAUAACAUUGCGAAAGUGUAUGAGCAGACGAACUACGCCUUCCUCUUCGCACCCAACUUUCACCCUGGCAUGAUGUACGCAAACCCUGUCCGCCGCGGCCUCGGUAUCAGAACGAUAUUCAACCUGAUGGGUCCGUUGGCGAAUCCCGUCGACUGGGCUCUGGAAGCCCGGGUGGUCGGCGUCGCAUACCAGAGCCUGGGACCUGUUUUCGUUGAGGCUUUGAGACUAAGUGGUGCAAAGAAGGCAAUGGUCGUCUGCGGUGAAGAAGACAUGGACGAGAUCAGCUGUGCCGGAAAGACCAACUGCUGGAGGCUGUCGGAAUAUCCCAAUCCAGCUUACAAGGGAUCGUCGGACGAUGACGACGCCAGCACAAGCGAUGAAGAUGCUCCUUCUCGAACGCUUGUCAAGCUCGAGACAUUCCAGCUUCACCCAUCUGACUUCGGGCUUCCCACUCACCCGUUGUCCGAUGUGUACGGAAGGAAGAUGCCCAAGGACAACGCUGCGAAGCUGAUGAGCAUUCUACGCAACGAACUUGCUCGCGAUGAUCCGAUCCUGGACUUCGUACUGAUGAAUGUCGCAGCGCUCCUCGUCGUCUCCGGCAUCUGUGAGGCUGACACCAGUAACAUGGGUCCUGGUGAUGACGGUAAGGUCAUCACUGAACGGGGCCCUGGUGGCGGACGCUGGAAGGAAGGUGUCCGACGAGCUAGGUGGGCAGUGGAGAGUGGCCAAGCACUGAAGACAUUUGAGGAGUUUAUUCAGGCAACAAAUAAUCUGUGAUAUUCUUACGAUGUAGAACGGGAUGGAUAGGAUUGGAAUUUGGGAACAAAAAAAAAGGUUGUGUUCGAAUUCUUCUGUAUAGCGUACUGGGUUCAGCAGGACAGUAUGUCCUUUAGAAUCGAAAGCACUUUGGAGGGAGAACCAUCCUCUUGGUUACUCCUUGUGCUAGGUUUGUCCGUGAACGAGUCAUGCUCUCUCUGCAAUGAUCCCUUCCGCUUGAACUGCCUCUAGAUUGCUUUUUUUAUAUGAUGAAAACCCUCUAGACU